GCGGCCGUCGACGCUCUGGUGCGCAGCGUCGCCCCGAAGUCAUGGAAGGAGGCGGCCCGGAAGGGUGCCUGUCUAUGGAAAGCUUUACCCAGCUGGCCGAAGCUGGCAUCUCCAGCCCACAGUUCACUGCUGUCUGCUCCUGGCUGGUUUCAGAGCUCCGGACGCUUUGCCCACUGGAAGAGGUUGUGAAUCCCACCCACGGUCCAGAAGACGCCGAGACAUUCCAGAUUGAAGUGAGUGGCCUCCUCAGUGAGUUGUUCUGUCCAUACCCCUCGCUGACCUCGGGGGACCUGAGGAGCAGGCUUCGCACCCCAGCCAGCUGCCUGCAGCUCUUAUACUUCUUGAGCUCCGAGCUCCUUGCGGCCCGACUCCAAGCCCGUAAAAAGGGCCGCUUGCCUGAGGAGGAAGUCAGAGCUGCCGAAGCCGUGCGUGAGCUCCAGUGCAUCUGCCAGUCCCUGGGAAUGCCCAGGCCAGAUCCGGCCUGCUCCAUCCGCCAGAUCAUGGCGGAUGUCGAAUCCAAGAUCUCGGAGGUAGUUUCCACACUACCCGCGCAGCGCCAGCAGAUGGCACCACUGCUCAAGGUCCCACCAACCUCUAAGGAAUGGGAAGCCUUGAAGGGCAUCCAGGAAGCGCUGCAGGUGGAGUACCGGUGCCGCCUGCACAUGAUGAUCACCCGCUUCGACGUCACCAUCGCAUCCUUCCAUUGGUCCGAGAGGGCCAAGGACCGGAGCGUGGCCAUGGCGGAGGCCUUCAGGCCCCUGCGGGAGUCUUUCUUGGCAGACUCCCAGGUCACCCUUGCCCACUUGCUGGCGGCGAGGGAGGACUUCUCGCGCAUCGUCAAGACCAGCAGCGGUGCCACCCGGGACAAGACUGCCUGUGCUGUCAAUAAGGUGUUGAUGACCGGUGGCGUCCCAGACCGGGGUGGGCGUCCAAAUGAGAUUGAGCCCCCAAUGCCUGUGUGGGAGAAGAGGCGGGAGGGGACAGGAGGCGGCCACCAACACCGGGGCAAGCAGGGCAGGAAGAAGAAGAAGUAAAGCCGGGAUCCCGACAUCCCCCACUUUCCCGCACAGGGUGCGGCCAGAGCUGCUCUCCCCUUCCCAGCGCUGCCUCCCCACAUCAAGAACUGCAUUCCUGGGAUGGCGAUGGGCUUGCGGCAAGUCGCAGCUGCCCUCCAGAAAGGCGCUUUUGGCGUUGCCUCUUCCCCCAGGUGGAGGGGAAGCAUCUUUAAAAUAAGCAUGUGUUUCUGUGAGGGUUGGCACUGAGAUGGCAGCUGUGCAACCUAGGUGUGGGGGGAAAAGACACUGUGAGGCACAGAUGUUGGUGUCCCAUUGCGGGACUCGGUGCCAUAUGGAUUGUUCCUUAAGCUGAUUUUGAGGGGAAGCGAAGUUACUAGACAUUUCUUGGGAUAUUUGGAAUCCAAACACUUCCUGCUUUUUCCGGUCUUUCUGGAAAAGUGGCCUGUAUGUCUGGAAAAGGGUACGGCUGUUCUUUUUCCAGGCAAAAUAAAAACACGUGGUAUGCAAGGACACAGGAAGCUGGGCUAAAGUCUGGGUUUCUCCACAAUAUUUAUUUUGAAUUUGAGUGUUUCAUAACUUGCCUUCCUGGAGUGUGUGAAAGAGAGCACCCUUCCCAGCUGGGUGUCCUCCAGAAGUAUGCAACUACAAUUCCCAGCAUCCCAGCACAUCAACGAAAGUAUUGAUAAGAAUGUUGAGGCUGCCAGGUUGAGAGAGGCUGCUACAACACUAGCCAGUGUAGAAGGUGGGGAUACGACACACAGGGCUCUGUUAUUAUCAUGCCACAGCACCUAUAUCCCCCCUUUCCUCUUGCAGGGAACCCAAGGUGGCCUGCCCCCGUCUCCUCCCCCAACAGCAGCCUUGUGAGGUAG